AUGGCAGUGAACGGACCCCUCCCCGACGAUUUCAUGCGCCUCCCCAGCGAUUUUUUAAUGCCCAUAAAGCCUGUUAACUCUACAAGUUUUGCCGUGCUAGAUCAAACAAAACUUCCUUUGGAAAUUGUGUAUGAAAAUGUUUCGAACGUGAAGGGUGGUUGUGAUGCUAUCAAGACAAUGAAGGUUCGCGGUGCGCCUGCCAUUGCUACUGUCGCUCUGAGAACGGUCAGUUGCGAGUUGCAAGCCUUCGCAAAACAUCAUGAAACCAUGCAAAGUAGUGAUAUUGAAGGAUUAAUAAAUUCUGUGGCGCAGCAAUUGAUUGCCUGCCGUCCAACAGCUAUAGAUUUAAUGAAUGCUAUGAGCCAAGUGUGCAAAGCAGCGACAUAUGGCGCGACUGCAAUCGACAAAGUUGCCAAAAUACAGGAGGUCAUCGACUCUCUGUUAGAUGCUGAAAUUGAACAGAACCGAGUGUUGGUCUGGAAUGGCUACCAAGAAGUUCUCUCUACUAAACCGGAAGGGCAUCAAUUCACUAUUAUGACUAUUUGCAACACUGGAACGUUGGCUACUUCGUCCUGGGGAACUGCUUUAGGUGUCAUAUAUGCCUUGUUCCGAAACAACAAAUUGAAAAUGGUUUACGCUCUCGAAACAAGACCGUACUAUCAAGGAUUACGUUUGACUGCUACGGAGCUUUCUUCGUUCGGAGUACCUUUCAAGGUUAUUCCCGAUGGGGCUGCUGCAUCUGCCAUGAGGAAGUUCAAAGUUGAUGCCGUUUUAACAGGGGUGGAUCAAGUAACUUUGAACGGUGACUUUGCCAAUAAAAUAGGAACUUAUGCUUUAUCGAUUGCUGCAAAAGAACAUGGCAUUCCUUUCUAUCCUGUGGUUCCGAGAACAUCUGUCAAUCUCAAUAGGUAUAAUGGAGAUGAGAUUGUUAUAGAAGAAAGACCCAGCAAGGAAAUGCUUGCUCAGAAAGAUGUUUAUAUCGCCCCAGCUGAAACGCCUGUGUGGAACCCUGCCUUUGAUGUAACUCCAGCUCCUUUGAUCACGAAAUUCAUUACUGAUUUUGGUAACUUCAAGCCCGAGGAGAUCAAAGAGGCUGUUAAGAUAUUGAAAGAUUAG